AUGGCUUCAAUAGAUGCUCUUCUAGACACAGAAGCUGAUGAUGCAACUGGUGGUCUUUGGACUUCAUUCCGUGCCCUGAGAGACUAUGGGUACCUCAACACGUACGUGACUCGAGGAAGAGAACUUGUAGAAGAUGAAGUUGUAGCACAAAUUCAGGGAAAUGUGUUUGUUGUAAGCCUGGCAGUUGCAGACUUGGUUGUAGCUAUCUACCCAUAUCCACUGGUCCUCACAUCUGUGUUUCACAACGGAUGGAAACUGGGAUACCUACACUGCCAGAUUAGUGGCUUCUUGAUGGGCCUAAGUGUCAUUGGAUCAAUCUUCAAUAUUACAGGCAUCGCUAUCAAUCGGUACUGCUAUAUCUGCCACAGUCUCAAAUAUGACAAGCUGUACAGCGACAAGAAUUCUUUGUGCUAUGUUGUUCUUAUAUGGGUCCUAACAUUUGUUGCUAUCGUGCCCAACCUGUUUGUGGGAUCGCUGCAGUAUGACCCCAGGAUUUACUCAUGUACAUUUGCACAGUCUGUGAGCUCAGCGUAUACAAUAGCAGUUGUGUUUUUCCAUUUCCUGCUUCCCAUAGCUGUAGUUACUUUCUGUUACUUGAGAAUAUGGAUCCUUGUUAUUCAGGUAAGGCGAAGGGUUAAACCAGAUAACAAACCCAGGCUGAAACCACAUGACUUCAGAAACUUUGUAACCAUGUUUGUGGUAUUUGUACUGUUUGCAGUCUGCUGGGCUCCUUUGAACUUCAUAGGCCUUGCUGUAGCUGUCAACCCAAAAACUGUAAUCCCUAAGAUUCCAGAAUGGUUGUUUGUAUCUAGUUAUUAUAUGGCAUAUUUCAACAGUUGCCUUAAUGCUAUAGUCUAUGGACUCCUGAACCAGAACUUCAGAAGGGAAUACAAGAGAAUUGUUGUCACCUUUUGUACAGCAAAAGUUUUUUUCCAGGAUAGUUCUAAUGAUGCAGGAGACAGAAUGAGAAGUAAACCUUCUCCACUGAUUACAAACAACAAUCAAGUGAAGGUGGACUCAGUCUGA